ACUAAAAUGUAAUUGCAAUAGUCUCUCUGCCCUGCAUAUAACAGAGACAUUACUGCAGCUGGCGAGAGAGGGGCACAGAGAGAAAGAGAGAGAGAGCGAGAUGUGAAAGAGCAGUCAGACAGGGAAGGAAGGAGCAGGGAAAAGGGGAACACACACAAGGACAGAACAGAAAACGGCUGAAAUAAAACGAACAGAGGCAGGAGCGAAACUGGAGGCUUGGGUAGAAGAGAAAAAAAGAAACGAUGGGGAUAACUGGAAGGUGGCUGAAGCAUCUGUUGCCAAAAAGAGAAGGAUGUUAGCGAUUCAGACCAGAGCAGCGGUGCAGCCUGCAGUCUGCAGUGAGAUGCACAGAACCUCUCCUGAAUGAAUGAAGAGUCUGCAGGUAAAUAAAGCAAAGAGUUUUCAUGAAGAGAUCGAAUCACUCUGCAUGUAACGCUGUUGAAUCUGCCCAGUCCUGGUGUGCACUAAACCAAUUUGCAGUUUUAUGAGGGAGACAGGGGCUUCUGAGAACAACCGUCAUGAUAGUUAGUGCAAAAUUCAAUCUUUCAGCCACUUGACUCAGCAAAAGACAUUGAAAAGGUUGUGAUCUUUUCAAGGCUGUGAAAAUUAACACUUUUAAUACUGUGCUAAUUUACAUUCUGUGUGUAUUAAACAAAACAACACAGCAAAGCAGAAUUUUACAUGCAGCUGUGAACAAAUAAAAAGCACGAACAAUGAUAAAUACCAAAAGGAAAGACAUGAGUGAUGAUCCAUUGUUCUGCCUGCUAUCAGCCCUAAUAAAACAUUUAGAACUCAUUAACUCAGUUCGUUUAUUAGCAAUUAAUUAACUGUGAUUAAUUCACAGCAACCCUUUGAUUAAUCCGAUAAAAAACAUUUGAAUCGUUUGACGGUCCUGCUGUUUUGUUUUGAUGCUCUGUAUGUAAACAUCUGGUUUCAACUUUACAAAUCAUCAUAAUUUCAUUGUUUUCCUUUUUCAGAGUUCUUUCUCAUAUUUCUGCUGGAGCUCCCAAUCAAGCUGCUUCCCAAUGAACUAACAACCAGAUCGUCUGUUUUAUGCGUUUUGGGGGAAAUUCACUUUACAUUCCCAGCACUUGUUUAAUCCCUUUUCAUCGCUUUGCUACACCUCUUGAGAGAUUUAAAAGAAAAUCAGUUUUAGCACAAAUGAUGCAAACUCCAGUCUCCAUGGUGAUGGGGAUUGUCUUCGCUCCUCUGGGACUUGUCCUUGUCUUCACUGCCGCCAUCACCCCUCAGUGGCGGGAGGGACAGGCUCGCCUGAACAUCGGGGGGACGGGAUCUCUCCUUCGAUCCGGAGCAAAGGGUCAAGGUGUGGGUGUCAGGUCCGGCUCGGUGGAGGCCCUGCUCCUGCUGCGCUCCGACGGCCUGUGGGAGAGCUGCUUACAGGUGGAGCAGUCCGAGCUGAAGCAGUGCUGGCCCAUAGCCGGCCCGUACCAGAGAGACGCCCGGGUUCGGCUGGUGCAAGGCCUGGUGCUCACGUCCUUGUUCCUGUGCGGCAUCGGGAUUGUCCUGGCUUGCAUCGGGGUCCGAUGCUGGACAGAUCUGCCUCUGAGGAGGGUGGCGGCUUCAGGCGGACUCCUGGUGGUGACCGCCGGCCUUCUGAGCCUGACCGGGUUGGGGGUUUACACCCACAACCUCAGGAGACUGGGGGUGGAUCCCAGUCAAGGACUCAACAACCCCAAGUUCCCCCAGCUCAGCCUGAGUCCAGCCGGGUCGCUCUACUUCGGGUGGCUGGGUUCUUGUUUACAGGUGCUGGGAGGCGGCGCGCUGCUGUUCAGCUUCAAGCGACCGAGAUGUCCGACUUGCCCGUCCCGCCAGGAGCAAGCCGUCUGUCCUGCGUGCCACUCGUGUCCAGAAAUGACCAGCAAGACCGACGUGGACGUAUAUGAAGUCAGCUGUUAGAAUGUGAACACAAAAAAACAAGCUUUCCUUCGAUACUCGUCAGAAUCAAACCGAACCGAGUCUCUGUGAUUAACCUCAAAAUUUCAGAUGUUCAUUUCUCAUAAGUUUUCCUUUUGGAUCUCCGAAAUUUCCACGUUUCGUAUAGAAAAUCUCUGAGGCCAAAAUCAAAAUUUCUAAUUUAUUUCUGGCAAACCUUUUGAUUUUAGGAGCUCAUAAAUGUUAUUGGGUUUUUUUUUUCUUUAAAAAAUUCUGAGAUUAAUUUCAAAAUUUCAGGGGUUUUUUGUUCAAAUUUACAAUUUUUUCUAUCUACAAUGGCUCUAAAAUGUUGCAUUAUUCAGCAAGAGACAAAAAAGUUGUGUUUCUUUAGGGCUGUGAAAAUUAGCGCGUUAUUCCAGUGUUAAUUCAGAUUCGUUCUACGGAAUUAAUAUUUUUGGGCCUGAUUUACACACAGGCUGUCAACACAAAUGUGCACAAAACAGACGCUUUUUCACAAUGAAGGAAGUAAAAUUUGGAGUAAAUAUUAUUGCUGAUCCAUAUUGGAGUCUUAAAAAUGCCUGUAAAAUAAUCCUGACAAAACAAAGUUUACUGUAAAAAUAAAUCAAAAAAAUCUUGCAGUAAGAAAGAUACUUAAAUAAGUAUGGAUUUGUGAAGCUUUUUGCUUUUCUGUACAUUAGUUUGAGUCAGAAAAAGGUUGUAGCCACGUCAGAGAACCAGUGUUAGCAGUUUUUAGAUGAGGCUGUUGGAUGUUAAAUGGUUUUAGACACUGGAUUUCCUGUGUGUUAUUAGCAAAAAUGGACAGAAAACAAACGAGAUGAUCUGAUUGUGUUUCUUUAAAUGUCAGUCUUCUGUCACAGUCACCAGGAGGCGAUCAGCGGUGAGAUUAAGUGGUGAUCAAGAUUGUUUAGUUGUGUUUUUGUUUGUAUAUUGUGAGUUCAAUAAAACAUUUGAAUGAUACAAAAAGUAAAUAAUUUGUGAAGUUUGUUUGGGUAAUGAAGACAUUUAUGGACAAAACAAAAUGUUGCAUCUAGUAAAUGUCAAUGUUAGCAAAUUAGAAUAACAUCAAAAAGUUCAUUUAAAUGUUGGAACUGAAAUAUCACUUAUUAGAAAAUUAGUGAUUUCUUGAGCUGUUAGGCACAAUCCUCAAUAAUAACAGAAAUAAAUACCUCUCUGUAUGUCAUGUUUUCAAAAUUUAUUUUUCACUUUUUGAUGGCAUUUUAAUUUAAAUGAGAUGAUCCUGUAUCAUUACUUUACAUUCAACUAAAGAUAUUGACAAGCUGGGAUUAUAUAUGUGCAAGUCUUUGCUACCAAUGUUUCUCUGUCGACACAAAUCUGAGAUGAGAUCGUUCCAGACAACGCUGUGCAGAAAACAACCCAGAGGCGCUGACUACAGUAGAUACAGCUGCAUUAGGUUUUAUGAAACCAGAUGUGAUUACUGGCGGCAUAUUAAAGUUAAAAGCUGAGUAACUGAGCAUUUUUUCUGCAAACAAAGACAAUCAGCCACAGAGAAACAGCAAUAUGUCUCAGAACAUGCAGGCUCAUGCUGGUAAUCAAUUGUCAAAGUCAUAAUCUCACUCUGAAAAAUCCAGAAAAAUCCAAAACGUUGUCAGCAUUUUUCUUUAUUUUCAGGUUAAAAAAAUAAUUGCUUAAACUGGAGACAAAGUUAUUCACACCCCUGAAGUCAAUACUUUCCGCUUUUACUAAUAUGACAACAUAUUAGGAUGAUCCACAGUCCCAGAUCUUUCUGUUGUUUUCACCAGAGGUUUUCUGAUUUAGGUUUUUUUUGUCUGUUAAGGCAUUUCUGUAUUGAUUAGGUCAUAUGUUUUGUAUCAGAUCUGGUCACAAGAUAAUAAAAAUGUCCUAAUAUUCAGGACCUAGCACAGUUGACUGAACUCCAUGUUUUUAUCUUUGAGAUAGAAGAAAUUUAAAGGUAUUUUUCUAGAAUGCCUUCCAAACAAAUCGUGACAUGAAAAAACAUCUAAAGGCUGAUCAAUUUAAAAACGUUAUUGAGUAUGAAAGCAUUUUUCAGUUGGGUUCUGGGUUGAGUUUUUGGGUUCAACAAAAACAUUUUAUAUUUGUUGUUACAGGAAUAAGUUAUAAAUUUAUUGCCUUGUUGGGGAGAGGCAAUAAGCGUUACACAAAACUGUGCUAAAUUUUAACAUGGCUCUUUCUUCCAAACUGUUCUCAGUUUAAAGGCUGGAUUUUUCAGAAAUUUUCAUUGUGAGAUUAUUACACAUAUUGGCUGAUGAUAAGGGGUGCACCGAUAAGUUGGUCAGUUGAUAAUUAACCCUGAUUUCUUUAAUUUAGAGUGAUCAGAUAUUUACAUGUGUAACCAAUCCAGCUUUACUGUGACAGACACAGACCCGCCGUAUUUAAUGUGUGCAGUUAAAAAUAAAUCAGUCAUUCCACUAAUGCCAAUUUAGCGUUUUUGUCUCUUUAUCUGGCAACUUUUCCGACAUAAAAAUUGGUAUCAGUAAAAAUUGGAAUCGGCAGGUCAGGCUUUUAAAAGCCUACUAACAAUAACUGUCGAGGACACAACAAAAACGCUGAUAAAAAUAAAAGACAAUUGGUAAAUCUAAACAACAGGUACAAGGCUUGAAACAGGUGUAGAAAACACCUUAACUUGAAACUAAGAAGCAAAUGGAUUCAGUCAUUAUUUAGUUAGAUUUAAAUUUGAAGCCAACGUAGAAGAUAAAUCUGAUUGACGUUACAACAAUGAAAGUUUUGUUGUGUUCUGGUCAAGAAAAGCUAAGCAGAGAAUUAAAAACAUUUUAUUUUUGUUGUUAGAGGACAGAUGUAGGAAGCAAAGUAAUAAACACUGAAAUUCACCCAAUGGAGCCUGACAUAAACAAAACAUUUACAAGUGAUUGUCAGUCAUACUGCUCUGAGUCACGUUGACAAUAUACAGCUUGUAUUUUUUUCAGUAAUUUAAAUAAUAUUUUAAAACUAUGAUAUAAAUUCAUUAAACAAUGACUGAUAAAUGUUUAUUUUUGCACACCUAAAGAAAACUCAAUAUUUGCGUUCUCAGAAAAUCAUAAUAUUUCAUGAGACCAAUUUAAAAAAUGACUUUCUCUGCAGGAAUGCUGUAAUUAUCAUAUUAUGACUUCACAGUUAGUGAGACCAUCCAUAAGGAGCAUAAGCCACAAAAGAUCACUGCUAAAGAAGUCGGAUUGUCACAAGCUGCUGGAUCAAAACAAAUCAACAAAAGGUUUGGUGGAAGGAAACAAUGUGGUAAAACAGAAGAUUGUGAAGCAGCUCUGACAAGAGUUUGGAGCAGA